UGUUAAUAUCCUGCUGCACUCUGCCUAUUCUUAAGCGAGUCUUAAGUGUGAAUUAUGGCCACAUUUGGGAACACACACACACUCGUCUAAAUUCGUAUUGGACAACAAUACUGUCAAAUCUCCAAAAUGUUUAGGAACAAUAAGAACAAUUCGUUACGUCAGCAUUCCACAACAAAUCCGCCUCCAAAUGCCUUUGUGUUGAAUGAGGCUGCUACAAUUUUUCAUUGAUGUAUUGUGUACAUGCCAGUCUCAGUCUGUGUGUCAUUACCUUAGCCUCACUGACACGAAGCUGAGAAGAGGGGCGGGGGAGGAGACAGUAAGGGGAGAGGGGUUGGCUUUCGUAUGAUGUGAAUGGAAUAGAAUUAGAGCAGAGUGGGAGGAGGCCGGCACAAAUCAACCUGCCUCUAGACAACAGAAUAGACGAGUACGAUUUAGACGCGAAAUUUUGGGUGUGUGGCGUUUUUUAAAAAAAUCCAAUUUUUUUGUCGAAGAGACGCCCCGCAGCAGCGAGGAACUGAGAAAGGGAAAUAACCUAAUUCUGGAGCACAGCAGAAAAAUCUUGUCUUGCGGAGGCAAUUGGCAGAGAGGAACAUGAUGAAACAAGGCAGGGUCGAGCGGAGCUGAUAUGUGGAGGUCCGCAGGGGAGACAAGAUAGGGGACGCCAGUACGUAGUACAUCCUCCAGAGAUGGCACACACCAAGCAUCUUCAUUUCAAAGAACAAAGACUUUGCACCUGAUUUUCUCCACACCCUGCCACAGGAAGGACAGUCCCCCACAAAACUCAAACAGAACUAAAAAAAAUAGUUUAAUCUUCCAACAAGAGUUUUACCUUUGAAAUGUCUCAGAGGACACAAGAGGUUCUUCAUGUCAAGUGCUGUAGUUUGCUUUUAUGCACUUAUUUGUAAAAGAAGGGAACUCCUGUUUCACACCCACAAGAGGAGAUAAGUCCACAGCUUUGGAAGAAUUGGGUGUUCCCCACCAGAGAAAACAGCAAACGGUUGGACAGCAGCUGUUCCCUAAGGCACCAUGCAGUCAGAUGAUCUCUUCAUACGCAAAUUUCGCCGUCAGAAUGUGCAGCCCUCAAUUGCCACUGUCAGUUACGAUUCUAAACGGGAACCGAGUGUCGUGGAGUGGCCACCGAGUAGGGAAAAUGAGGGACAUGAAAGUGACAGCCUCACACCAAGUCGUGUGGGGCUGAUGUUAAGGUCAGUGGGCCGUGGCCACAUCAUGCAGAGAAGUAACAGUGAUGUCACUUUGGGAGACGUGGACUCUUCCAGCAAGACAGGGAGUAAAGCUACUUGGGUGGUUGGAGAAAAGGCGGGCGUUGGUUCUCAGAGUGAGUCAGGUUUGUUACUUCACAGGGAAUAUGGUAGUCUGUCUUCACUGGAGAGACAGAGUCAAGUCCAAGAGUCAAACACAGGUAACCACGGGUCCCCUAGUCCGAAUGUCCUGAACCUCAAAGACCCCCUCAAGUUCAUAGGGAUUCAGAGCAGUCCUUCAGAUGUGGAUGCAUUUUUUCCAGGCUUAUUGGUUUCCACAGGAGAUUCCGUAAAACCUGCCAAGCCUCCCAAGCCUGAAGGUCUAAGUAAGAAGUCCAAACCCGGGUCCAUACACAUUUCUCAACCAGCAUCCUAUGACAAAGGGGGUGGCACUGGUUUGAGAAAUUUUGCCCAUUAUGAUGUUCAGAGCAUUUUGUUCGACCUAACAGAAGCAGCUUCCAACCGAGACAGUAUCGGACGAAAAAAGAAUAUAACCUCUGGGGCGUCAGCAGCUUCCCAGCUGCGCCCCGUGUCUCACAGCACCCUCUCUUCACCUGCACCAGUCGGGGGAGGCAGCGGAUGGAAUGCAGAUGACGCUGAGCAGGUGCUGGUGUUGGAUGAAGGGGACGGAAAUGAUAACGAUCUCCUGCUAAGCUGUCCUCACUUCCGCAAUGAAACAGGGGGAGAGGAGCAGGUGGGUUUAGGCAGAUUGAGGGGGGUGCGAGGACUCUGUUCAAACCUGCGAACCCCCAAUGAUGCAGUGUCCGUCCUGGAGGAGCCCAGGGAGAGUCACAUCCAACAGCAGGGCAAAAGUAACUACUUCAUCGAGCACGCAGAUCUGGGAGCCCAUUACUAUCGCAAAUAUUUCUUCAUGAAAGAGCAUCAAAAUUUCUUUGGCAUGGAUGAUCGCCUUGGUCCCGUGGCCAUAAGUUUCCGCCGAGAUGACAAAGAGGGAUCCACAGGAGCUCAGCACAAUUACAGGAUCAUCUUUCGUACCACAGAGAUGAAGACACUGAGAGGUUCCAUCCUCGAGGAGUCUGUGCCCUCAGCUGCCCGUCACACCACCCCCAGAGGCUUGUCUCCCAAAAGGCUCCUGGAGUUUAUUUUGCCUGAAGUAAACCUACACUCUCUGCGCUUGGCUUCAAACUCUCCCAAAGUCAGAGACACACUGCUGAAGCUGGACGAACAGGGGCUGACAUUCCAGAGGAAGGUCGGGGUGAUGUACUGUCGUGCUGGACAGAGCUCAGAGGAAGACAUGUACAACAAUGAAAGCUCUGGGCCAGCAUUUGAGGAGUUCCUGGAUUUGCUAGGAGAGCGAGUGCGACUGAAGGGCUGGGAGAAAUAUCGAGCUCAGCUGGACAACAAAACCGACUCUACAGGGACACAUUCCCUCUACACCCGUUAUCAGGACUAUGAGAUUAUGUUUCAUGUGUCCACUAUGCUGCCCUACACAGCCAACAACACUCAACAGUUGCUGAGGAAACGACACAUCGGAAACGACAUAGUGACAAUAGUUUUCCAGGAACCUGGAGCAUUGCCUUUUACUCCAAAGUCUAUUCGCUCUCAUUUCCAACAUGUCUUCAUCAUCGUCCAAGUUCAUGAGCCCUGCACGGACAACGCGUUUUACAGGGUCGCUGUGACACGGUCUAAAGACAUCCCAUUAUUUGGUCCAUUAUUUCCAAAAGGUGCCCGGUUCCCUCGCUCACCUGCCUUCAGGGACUUUCUCCUGGCUAAGGCAGUAAAUGCUGAAAAUGCUUCUGAGAAGUCCGAGAAGUUCCGCUCCAUGGCUACCCGCACACGGCAGGAAUACCUAAAGGAUCUGGCUGAAAACUUUGUAACUACCACACCUAUAGACUCCUCCACCAAGUUCCCACUGCUCUCACUGGGAGGAAAGCGCAAGGACAAGCUGAAGGGUUCCAAAAGUGCAGAGCUGCACAGCAGUGGAGCGCUGGUGUGGGCAGUGAUGGUGUACAACAGAAUUGAAGGAGAGGCAGGAGAGCAGAAACUCCCGUGUCUACUCGGAGUGUCCGCCGAGUUCGUGGUACUGAUCGAGAGGUUCACACGUAGAGUCGUCUUCAACUGCUCAUGCAGAGAUGUGAUUGGCUGGAAGAUCGUGACAGAUACUAAGGACGGUGGACCCUGCUUGGAUAUUUUUUAUGAGCUCGGGGAAUCUGUGUCCUUUGGUGUGAUGGAGAGCCAGGCGGAGGAUAUACUGGAAGUGGUGCACAGGCUAGAGCUGGUUACUCGAGGCUGUGAAGCACUAGAAGUCACUCCGCUGCGUGAUGGGGUGGGUCAGCCUGGCUUCAUCAUGAAUGAGGAGGGCUUCGUGACAGAGCUGCAGCGGUUCUGCUACGCUGAGAGUGGAGGGUUACAACUCUGGGCUCGUGUUGUGAGGCUGUGCGGACACUCAGUGGUUCACCUGAGUCCUGAAGACAGGGUCAGGCUGCUGCGCACAGCACACAAGAUUCACAUUACUGUUAUACCCCCCGACAAUAAUGGAAAACCUCGAAGGAGUUUCUCAGAAUUGUACAAGAAAGCUAUAAACGAUGCAGACUGUAAGCCUGGUGAAGACAUGUCAGGGGAGGCCUGGGUACUGGACGAGAAGGACGUAGAAAGAGAGGCCAGGCCAAAGAUGGACAGGUUAAAUGACCCAGACGUAACAGAGGUGAAGGUCGAAGCCACGCCAGCUGAAGAGCAGUCCUGUGACGAAGUGCAACGCAAAGAAAGUUUGGCAAAGUGCGAGGAGUCACAGCUCCAAUUAACCCCUGGGUUACCAGUGUCACGAGCCAACUCUCUCCAGGACCAACUGGCCAAUAACAGCCAGCAUGCGAGUGCAGCUCAGCUUACACGUAGCUUCUCUUUGGAUACGCAGUCAUCUUUCCAGGAUACAUUCAAUGGGCACGUGUAUAAUGAUGCCGAGUUAAAGGUGGACCAGCAAGUCUGUGAAAAACCUGGGGAGCUAGGAGAUACAACGCCUGAUCUUUUACGAGCGGUCAAAUCCAAGGUCAUGGAAACAGAUAACGAUAAAGCAUCAACAAGUGAUUCUCCUCUCUCCUCCUCCUGGCUGUCGUGUGUAGACCACACCUCAGAGCAGAAUUCACGAGCUCUAAGUCUUCACAACUCCAUCACCAAGAUUCUCUCAGAAACAACAGACUCCAUGGAGGAGGAGUGGCAGUCUAUUGCUGACCUGGCGACAGCGUGUCGCAGCAUUCUGGAGGCUUUGUCGCGAGAGGACUGCAAAGCUGGAGAUGUGUCACAAGUGGGGGCUGAACAGGUCGAUGGCAAGAUGAGAGACACAAAGGACAGUGAUCCUCCAGGACACUUAGAAGAGAAGGUUUCACAACUCGAGGCCAUGCUGAAAAAGCUCCAGGAUGACCUACAAAAGCUUCCACAGCCCCAGCAGACAACAGCAAUGAAGAGUGCAAAUGCAACCACUGUUUCCUCAGCCAGGUCGUGCACACACCGAAGGACCUCAGCCAGCUCACCAGGUGGAGUCGUCUUUGGACCUUCUUAGAAAGGUCACCUUUGUUGAAAAAGAGGACAAGGCAGUUUUGCAAGCUGAAGUGCAGUGCCUCAGGCAGAACAACCAGCGGCUUCAGCAGUAGUCACAGACCACAGUGGCCCGACUCAUCAAAGUCACCGAACUGCUGUGCAACGUCAACAAGCCCUGUUAGCUCGGACUCAGGACGCAUUCAUUCAUUAGAGGAUCAAUGCCAACGGAAAGGUGUUCCUAACAGUUCAGCCUACUUGAUUUGUUCACCCACGUUCCCACUCAGACCUGUUUUCCUCUUUACUGUGGGGCAUAGCAUUGCCUCUGUCCUAAAAGACAGACAGACAGAGAAAAAGAGAUUUGAUUUGUACUAUUUAUUUAUUUAUUUAAAAUUUUAGACAUGGGGUCACGAAAAAAGUGCCUUUGUUAAAUUAAGCUUGUAAAUAUCCCCCAUUUACUUACAAAUGGUGCAAGAGAUAGCUGCUUAUCAUUAGCCUAGCGUAAAUUAGCAUUAAAUCACCAGCAGUUAUUGAAAGACUCAUGGUCAUGGAUCUGAUGUUUGAUCAGAACAAUGCACUUGUUCUUUUCCCCUUUUUGUUUCAUCCACACUGUCUUUCUGCAACAUAAAUUGCCGUUUGGACUAACUUGACACAAAGUUACAACAGGCGGCUGCCACUUCUGUUUGUUUGUUUUGGUGUAGCCUGUUCACAUAACAAAGUGUUUUAUAGAAAAACUCAUGAAACAGACUAAAAAGGACUUUUUAAAAACCCGAAGAGGUUAUUAAACACGAUUCCGCUAAAAAGAAGGAAAAUAAUCUCCAAAAUUCACACAUGCUUUUCAUUUUUUAAAUGAUGACAACAAAAUUAAAACACAUGUAAGUAAUGGUUCCAUGUUAAAUUCCCCACUGUGUCUGGGGGCUGUUUUCUAGAGGGCACUAGACUGAGUACCCAAGUUGUCAAGGCUCGCCACACCUUCCUCUGACUAAAGACAACUCCCUUUGUUGCGUUCAGUUGUAGCUAAUUCUUUACAAAAUCCAUGUUUACCUGUUCUGUCCUUUAUCAGUAAACCAGGAUUCUACCUCUAGCAGACAUGUUAUGUAAAAACACUUUAAAUGUGAAAACAGAUCAUUGGAAAAAAAUCUUUAUCAUUAGAUCUAAAAAAACAAAAAACAAAAAAAAAAAAACACCAAAUUACCUCGGGUACUAUUUUUUCCAUUACAUGCCUAGUGGUAGAACUGAGAAAUGCCAUUCAUUGUCAGCAUGAAUGUUUUUGCUUAUGUUUAAUUGCUUCUAUUGUUUACUAAAACCUAUACAACCAUUUUAUUUUCAAUUAAAAAAGUCCAUCUGAGCCAGCAGAUAAAUAUUUCUUCUAUUAAAACCAGUUAACAUCAGACCUUGGAGGUAGCAGAGGAUUUUUGGAGGGGAAAGUCGUGGAGAACACAUAUACUAACUGAACUUCCAGUCCCGCUGUACGACAUCAGGAUCAUUUUGCACAGUGACUGGUGUACAGUGCAAUCAAAAGAUAUUUCUGAUCAAUUGUGAUUAGAUCAUUAUACAAAACCAGCCAACUAAACAUCCAGACAAUCCAAAAAAAAAAAAAAAAAAAAAAGCCAAGCAUUCAAGCAUCUUUGAUGCUCUGAAAACAAACCUCCAGGAGCUUCAAUGAUCUGGUGAUGUCUUGUGUAACAUGAAGAGUAAACUUUCUUAUCUAAGUCCUACAGUGGUCCUGCCACUGUAAGAUUAUCAAACUUCUCCAUUUCUUACAAGUGUUUCAUAAUUUAUUUAUUUUUUUGUCUUUAGCUCUCUUGCACCAUUGACAUUCAAAACAUCACUUUAAAGAAAUCGCAAAAAUGGUAAAAAUGACAGGCACCUGUUUAUCCACAAUUGUCAGCUCAAACCCAUUACUUUGGGUCAUGUGAUGUCUGGCUAUAAAAUAAUUUAAAAUAUUACAUCAUUAACAAAUUAUAAAAGGUUGUUUAACUUUGACCCCAUGUGUACGUGUUUGCUAAAAGAAACUUCUACUGACGUUUAUAUUUUAUUGAUUUGGUUGCUCUCUUAAAAACUGAGGAGAUCACAAUUUCUCUAAUCAAAUUAUUUUUUAUUGUAACAUAAUGAGAAAAGACAAAAAUUGUGUUGUUUUUGUCUUUCAAUAAAAAUAUUACAUUUCCUAGCACAUCAACAUUUUGCCCAAUUAAAACUGAAGUAAAUGGUGUGCAUGUUGGGUGUUAAAAGAAAUGUCCUUUAUGUGUGUUGGUGUGUGUGUGUGAGUGUGUGUUCUCUCCAGCAAAACUGUAUUUGCAAAGUCUGAAUGUUGUUUUGCCUGAAGCUGCUAAUGUCUAAAGCAUUGAUAAAAAACAACAACAUGUCAAUAACAGGCCUGUAGGCAGUUUAGUAAACAUAAAAAAAAAACUAAAACUGAUAUGAAAAUAUUGUCAGACGUAUAGACUCAGCAUGUGUGCUCCAUUUGCACAGUCCACUAGAACAGUAUUAAUAUCACAGUGACCUGACUGAUGCCUCACAAAGUACAAACUUCAGCCAAGAAGCUGGUUUAACUCUAACCUCAAUAUUGUUACAGCCAUAUUGUUUAGAUCUGCUGGCCUUAGUGACAACAUGCCUAUAGACAGUUUUUUUUAUGUAGCUCACGAAAGAAGCAUGUGUGUAUUUAGCACAUCAAACUUCCUGUGUAAAGAGAAAACUUUCACGUAAUUUGUGUUUGGCGACUGAUUUUGGUAAAUUACUUUUUAAAAAACUACUGUGGUAGGAACAGUCGAUGAAAACAUGCCCCGCCCCUUUUUUUUCAUUUUUACUGUUUUGUUUUAUUGUUUAUAUUUCUUUUUAAAUUAUCACACUUCAUUGCAGUGUUAAUUAUUGAUUGAUCUUGUGGUCUUGAGAAGACCUUGUCCUGUCUGUACAGACCAGUGUUUUUAUUUUUUUUACCAUGUUAACAGAUGUUUUGUCUGCUUUCCUUUACUGCCAACAAAAAAGCUUCAGCCACGCUUUAUGAAUCCUGAUCAAGAACAAUUGUAAUACAAAACUGUACACUAACAAAAAUGAUGCCAAAAUGAUGCCAGUCAUUUUAAAAAUGUUCAAUUGCUUGUUUAAUUUUUUGGCACUGUGAACACCUGGUACCAGCAUAUUACGACUGAAGUGAGUGUGUAUUGAAGACGUGUGUACAAAUGCUGUAUGUACAACUGAACUAUUUCAAAGUGUAUGCAGGAAAUCAUUGGCUCUUGCUUUGUCACAUGACUGAGGGGCGAGAUGUUAAUGUAACAAGACUCGUUUUACUGUAUGUGAUAUAUAUAUGUAUAUAUAUAUAUACAUAUAUAUGUAUAUAUAUAUUGCAGGAGGUUGGUCAAGCAUUAGACUGUGCCAAACAACUUCCCAGCCCUGCUCUGUAUGUGUGUUUGUAAAAAGAAAUGCUAAUUAAUGAUCAAAUGUGAAUUUACUUGUAGCUGAUUAAACUAAAGUCACAAGAAAAA